UGUAGGUCGAAAUAUAGAUGGGAUCGAAGCCAAUUAGACGCAGUAAAACUUCUUUGGCGAUCCUUCGUGAGAGCAAAAGUGAAGAUAUAGCCGGAUCACCACCGAAAGUAUGUGAAAUACGCCAGUAUCUCACACCAUCGGCCAGAAGCUUACCUAAUCUUCUUCAUCUUACUCCCACGUAUAUAAUUCGCGCUUUUAAUGAUGGGUGAUCAUUCGUUCCUCAUCGUUCCACGAGAGAAAAACUCAGGGUGUUAGUGUCUAAACAGAAGUGCCAAAGGGUUGAAAAAUGUUUUCAAUGAAGAGUGUGUUCGUUGCCGUAUUCUGUGGAUUUAUGGUCCAUCGUGUCUUCAGUCAACUAGAUGGCUAUAUACCUGGACAAGACUAUCCGAUUUAUAGUGAAAUUCCAAGAGGACUGUCUUUCAGAUGUGACCAGAGGCUCCCUGGAUAUUACAGUGACCCUGAAACUCAAUGCCAAGUCUGGCACUGGUGCUUGCCAAGUGGACAACAAUUCAGUUUUCUAUGUCCAAAUGGUACAGUUUUCAACCAGAUAGCUCGCGUCUGCGAUUGGUGGUUCAACGUCGACUGUGCUGCCACACCAAAUUUCUAUGGGAUCAAUGAAGAUCUUUACAGAGUUCCUGUUUACAACCAGAAUCAACCUCAACAAUGACAUUGAAAACACAAGAGCAAAUAAUAUUAUGACCUGUUUUUCAUGACAUUGAAAUGGAUUUACCUAUUUCAAUUAAUUUCAGAUUUCUUUCCGACAUUUAGUAAUCAUUAAUUCUACGUAAAUCAUGCAUAUCAAGGAACAAACUAUUGUAAAUACGUACUUGAUUGUUAUUAUAGUGUAAAAGUUAUAUUUUUGUAAGAAUGGAUAUA